GAAACAAGGUGCUGGAAGCAUACUUUUGAGGAGAGCUAAGGAGAGAGACUGUUUUGCUGUGGGUGACGUGAGCUAUGAGCGCUAGAUUUUACAUUUUCUUUUGAUAUUUCCUGCUUAUAAUUUGUUAAAAACGAGGCAACAACAGAGACAGAGGAAAAGAGAAAGAGACAGAGAGAAAGUCAAGAAGAAAGACCAACAGAGCAUGAGUGAUUGCAUUCUUGUGACCUGCAGCAAUCUUCUAUCUGGAAAUCCACAGAAGAGCUUCUCUAGCAGACUGAGCUUCCUGUAUUUUGAAAAUGAAGUGCUCUAUGAGACAACUGCUCAGAAGUUACUUGAAGAAGCAUCCGCUUUGCCAAAAUCGUUUAGUGACCAAAGAUGGUCACUGCAACAUCGAAUAUGGCAAUGUGAAAUACAAAAACUUCUUUGCAUACAUUCUCGACUUCUGGACCACCUUUGUGGAGAUCCGCUGGCGCUUUGUUAUCUUCUUCUUCGUGGCCUCCUUCACUCUUAGCUGGUUCAUUUUCGGGCUCCUCUGGUACUGGAUCUGCCGUAACAAUGGUGACCUGGAAUGGCAAAACCCCCCGGAAGGCCACAAACCAUGUGUACUUAAUCUAAAAGGCUUGACCACAGCUUUCCUUUUCUCGCUGGAAACUCAGACGACUGUAGGCUAUGGUGGACUGGACAUUACCCCAUACUGCCCUGGUGCUAUUGCUCUCAUCAUUAUCCAGAUUCUUGUUGGUGCAAUUAUUAACUGCUUCUGGUGUGGAGUGGUCAUGACCAAAAUUGCUCUUCCCAAGAAAAGAGUCAAGACCAUCAGAUUUAGUGAGGUAGCUGUCAUCUGUCCAAACAAGGGCGCCCUCUGCUUGCAGAUACGAGUGGCCAACUUACGCAAAUCUCUGAUGAUUGGCAGCCAGAUCUUCGGAAAGCUGCUUCGGACAAAAGUCAGUUCUGAAGGUGAGACCACCAUCCUGGACCAGGUCAAUGUUGAUUUCAUGGUGGAAGCUGGGAAGGACAGCCUGUUUUUUGUGUGCCCUUUGACACUUUACCAUGUGAUUGACAAAACAAGUCCAUUCUUUGACAUGGCAGUGGACACUCUAAACCAGCAAGAGUUUGAACUGGUGGUGUUUCUGGAUGGCACAGAUGAGUCCACCAGCUCCUCCUGCCAGGUCAGGACUUCUUACAUCCCUCAGGAAAUCAUGUGGGGCUACAAGUUCCUCCCUUUCAUCUUCCGCAACAAAGAGGGAAAGUAUUGUGUGAACUUCUCCAAUUUUGCUAAAGUGGAACCGGUACUAACUGCCAGCUGUGCUGAAUGCUUUCACAACGAGAAAUGCCAUAAGCACUUUUCCACAAAAGGCAUUGACAAUCAAGGUUUUGAGGUCAUUAACAUUAGUGAUCCUGCCAGUAUCACUGAAAUGUAAAGUGUGGAAUUUAGGUACACCUGAGAGAGGAAGCUUUAAUAUUACUCUAUUUUCUAAUUUAUCAACAAAAUUUAUGUGCUCUUCAUCAAGAUCCAGGAAAUUUCUUCAAAUUCCUUAAAUUUGAUGGGUUUAUUUCUUUUAUUUUAUUUUUUUAUUAGCUCUGCAACUGUAUGCAGUCCAUUUACAUUGGUGCACUCUUGACGUCUUCUAUACUUCAAGCAACAUGCAGUCAGAUUUCUUUAAAAGCAGGCUUAUACAAAUCAUGUUGUGCUGUAAAUUCUAUCAUAAAUUAAUAUGCUUGCUUUAUGAUGUACAAAUCAAUUCUGUACAGUAGCACUUAAGUUUAAGUGUCAAAUGAAGGAUUUGAAUGUAUUAGGUCAUGAUUUUUGAUACAAGAACUUGGUCUCAGAUUUAGAAUUUAGGUUUUUAUGUCAAAUAGUGUGAAAUGUAAAAUUUGAAUGUAUUACUGAGAUUUAAAAGUACUGAUAAUAUGGAUGAUACAGAUACAGUUAUUUGCCUCUUAAGGCCUAAAACAUACUGGUUAUAGCAGGAUUAGGCUGUCCUCCUGAAGUGUCACUGAACAUACUAACUUAUACUGCACUGAUUGUAUAGACACCUACCUCAGGUCAUUAAAAUAUUGAAAAGCCUCUCAAAAUCAAACAAUGGUUUAAUAGUUUUAGAACUAAUUUCAGAAGGAGUUUGGCACUCUGUAAGAAGGACUGUCCAAUGGAACAACAAUCAUGAUUUUUACAGCAAUCUCACUCUUUCUACUUCAACAUGGGACCAGAUUAUCAAGUAUAAGUGUAAAUAAAUGUGAUUACAGAAUGAACAAAUGGUGAAAUUUA